AUGAGGGUGAACAUUGUUAAUGUAUACUCUCCUUGUAAUUUAGCGGGCAAAAGAAAAUUAUGGGAAGACUUAUUGAAUCUUAGAAGAGGGGAUAGUGGUGAAUGGUGUAUUGGUGGUGAUUUUAACGCUAUUCUUCAUUUAUCCGAAAGAAAAGGAAGUAGUGUUGCUACAAGGAGGAGUGAGGUUAACUUUUUCAGAGAGUUUGUGGAUGACAUGGAGCUUAUUGAUAUACCUGUGCUGGGAAAGAAGUUUUCUUGGUUUAGCCUAGACGGUAUAGCUAUAAGCCGCUUAGACAGGUUCUUGUUAUUAGAGGGCUUCUUGAAGAAGAAUGGUGUUAAGGGGCAAUGGAUCAGAGACCGUGAUAUAUCUGAUCAUUGUCCAGUUUGGCUCCUCAGCUCGUCGUGUAAUUGGGGCCCUAAACCUUUUAGGGUGAUAAACGGUUGGUUAGAACAUCCAGAGUCUAAUGGUUUUGUGGAAUCAGCAUGGAAAAGUUACGAUAUUAGGGGUAAAAAAGCUUUUGUCUUGAAAGAAAAACUAAAACUUCUUAGAGAGAGUCUAAAGAAGUGGAACAAGGAGGUGUUUGGUUAUUUGGAUCUAAACAUAGAGAAGACAGUCUCCGAUAUUAAUGAAUUUGAAGGCCUUCUUUCAAGUACUAAUGGGGAUGUUGAUUACCUUAUGUUAGAGGGCCUAAAUAAGGAUUUUUGGAAGCAACUUCAUUUUAAGGAUAGCUUACUUAAACAGAAGUCCAGAUCAAAGUGGAUUAAAGAAGGGGAUUCUAAUACCAAAAUUUUUCAUCGGACUUUAAAGGGUAGAAGGAGGAAUAACCAACUAGUGGCGUUGAGAGAUGGUGACAAAUGGGUUCAAGGGGUCGAUGAGAUCAAGUCUUUUGUAAAAAAUUAUUUUGCUAAUAACUUCACCGAAGAAUGGCGUAACCUUCCUACUCUAGAUGGGCUUUCGUUUAACUCCUUGUCGGAAGCAGAUAAUUCUUCUUUAUUAUCUCCCUUUUCGGUUGAGGAAGUUAGAGAGUUUGUGUGGAAUAGUGAUGGCAAUAAGUGUCCGGGUCCUGAUGGGUUUAACUUUAACUUCUUGAAGACUUGUUAG